AUGGCGGACAGCGCCAGCGAGAGCGACACGGACGGCGCCGGCGGCAGCGGCGGGGGCGGCGGCCCGGUGGGGCCGCUGACGGCGGGCGGCCCGACGGCGGGGCCCGGCUCCGGGGCGGCGGGCGGCGGCUCGGGGAGCAAGGCGGGCGGGAUCGUGAUCUCGCCGUUCCGGCUGGAAGAGCUGACGAACCGCUUGGCCUCGCUGCAGCAGGAGAACAAGGUGCUGAAGAUCGAGCUGGAGACCUACAAGCUCAAGUGCAAAGCGCUGCAGGAGGAGAACCGCGACCUGCGCAAGGCCAGCGUCACCAUCCAAGCAAGGGCAGAGCAGGAAGAGGAAUUCAUCAGUAAUACUCUAUUUAAGAAGAUUCAAGCUCUGCAAAAAGAAAAAGAAACACUUGCAGUAAACUAUGAAAAGGAAGAGGAAUUCCUCACUAACGAGCUCUCAAGAAAACUGAUGCAGCUGCAGCAUGAGAAAGCUGAACUGGAGCAGCAUUUAGAGCAGGAACAGGAAUUUCAAGUGAACAAACUCAUGAAGAAGAUUAAAAAACUGGAAAAUGAUACAAUUUCAAAGCAGCUUACUCUGGAGCAGCUAAGACGUGAGAAGAUUGACCUUGAAAAUACUUUGGAACAAGAACAAGAAGCACUAGUGAAUCGUCUCUGGAAGAGGAUGGAUAAGCUUGAAGCAGAAAAACGAAUUUUGCAGGAGAAAUUAGACCAGCCGGUAUCUGCCCCACCAUCACCCAGAGACAUAUCAAUGGAGAUAGAUUCUCCAGAAAAUAUGAUGAGACAUAUCAGAUUCUUGAAGAAUGAAGUGGAGAGAUUAAAGAAACAACUGAGGGCUGCACAGUUACAGCAUUCAGAGAAGAUGGCACAAUAUUUAGAAGAGGAGCGACAUAUGAGAGAAGAAAACUUGAGACUUCAAAGAAAAUUACAGAGGGAAAUGGAACGCAGGGAAGCGCUUUGCAGGCAACUGUCAGAAAGUGAAUCCAGCUUAGAAAUGGAUGAUGAAAGAUAUUUUAAUGAGAUGUCUGCACAAGGAUUAAGACCUCGCACUGUGUCCAGUCCUAUCCCUUAUACACCCUCACCAAGUUCUAGCAGACCUAUAUCACCUGGUCUGUCGUAUGCAAGUCACACGGUUGGUUUCACACCACCAACUUCACUGACUAGAGCUGGAAUGUCUUACUACAAUUCCCCAGGCCUUCAUGUACAACAUAUGGGACCAUCCCAUGGCAUUACAAGGCCUUCACCACGAAGAAGUAACAGCCCUGACAAAUUUAAACGUCCCACUCCUCCUCCUUCUCCAAACACGCAGACCCCAGUGCAGCCACCUCCGCCACCACCUCCACCACCUGUGCAACCUACGGUCCAAUCCGCAGCAUCGCAGGCAGCCACUUUUCAACAUUCAGUGCAUCCCUCCUCUCAGCCUUAGUGCAUGUGCUCAGCAGUCUGUCUGUCAGAAGUGGACUCA